AUGAGGAGACAUCUAUGGUUGGCUAUAUUUGGAACCUUUGCCUUUAUGGUUGUAGCCCAAAAACAAGAAGGUUUCAUCAGUUUGGAUUGUGGAUUCCCUAUUGAGGAAUCUCCUUAUAGUGAUCCUUCAACUGGAUUAACAUUCACAUCAGAUUCCACUUAUAUCCAGACUGGGAAAAGUGGUAGAGUAGAUAAAGAGCUCAACAAAUUGUUCCGAAAACCGUAUUUGACGGUGAGAUACUUUCCAGAAGGAAAACGAAAUUGUUAUAGUCUUGAUGUCAACCGUGGCACAAAUUAUCUCAUCUUGGUUACCUUCAUAUAUGGGAACUAUGAUGGUCUUAAUGUAUAUCCAAACUUUGAUCUCUAUCUUGGUCCUGAUAAGUGGGCAAGAAUAGAUUUGGAAGGAAGACAAAAUGGUACAUACGAGGAGAUCAUACAUAGAGCGAGGUCGAGCUCAUUGGAUAUUUGUCUUGUUAAAACAGGACCAACCUCACCAAUAAUAUCAGCUAUAGAACUACGACCACUGAGAAAUGAUACUUAUGUUACGCAUUCGGGAUCACUGAGGAGCUCUUUUCGGGUUUAUUGUAGCACUUCAGAUAGAGAGAUAAGGUAUGCUGAUGACUCCUAUGAUCGUGUGUGGCAUCAAUUCUUCAGCUCUUCAUAUACAUAUAUAACAACUAGUCUCAAUAUAAGCAAUUCAGACUCAUUUGAGGUACCAAAGGCCGCACUCAAAAGUGCUGCCACGCCUAAAAACGUCAGUGCGCCGCUCAUCAUCACCUGGAAACCAAGACCCUCUAAUGCUGAAGUUUACUUUUAUCUUCAUUUCGCCGAGAUACAAACCCUUGCAGCCAACGAGACGAGAGAAUUCGACAUUGUCUUUAAAGGAAACUUUAAUUAUUCCGGUUUUAGUCCUCGCAAGUUUGAGCUAUUUACAGCUUUCACAAGUGCACCAGUGCAAUGUGAUUCAGAUGGUUGCAAUUUACAGCUUAUAAGAACUCCGAAGUCAACCCUUCCACCUUUGAUCAACGCUCUUGAGGCUUACACUAUUAUCGAAUUCCCACAAUUGGGAACAAACCUAAGUGAUGUUUCCGCUAUCAAGAACAUCAAAGCUACUUAUCGUCUGAGUAAAACCAGUUGGCAAGGAGAUCCAUGUCUCCCUCAGGAAUUAUCUUGGGAAAAUCUUGGAUGCAGUUAUGCAAAUAUUUCCACCCCACCAAGCAUCAUUUCCUUAAACUUGUCAGCAAGUGGAUUAACUGGGACUAUAUCCCCAAUUUUACAAAAUCUAACGCACAUACAAGAACUAGAUUUGUCUAAUAACAGUUUGACUGGACCUGUGCCUGCGUUUUUGGCCAACAUCAAAUCAUUAUCUUUGAUAAACUUGAGUGGGAACAAUCUUACCGGUUCAGUUCCACAGACUCUUCUUGAUAGAGAAAAGGAAGGACUUGUCUUAAAACUUGAAGGAAAUCCACAGCUAUGCACGCUUAGUUCAUGCAAUCAAAAAGAGAAAAAUGGAUUGUUGGUACCGGUGGUUGCAUCAAUUGCCUCUGUUCUUAUUGUAAUAGUGGUUGUGGUGGGUCUCUUUUUUGUGUUCCGAAAGAAGAAGGUGCCUUCAGAUGUACAAGCACCACCAAGCUUGCCCGUAGUAGAUGUUGGACAUGCUAAAGAGUCAUCAUUCCUCUCGAAAAAGAUAAGGUUUACUUAUGUCGAGGUUCAAGAAAUGACAAAUAAUUUUCAAAGAGUUCUUGGUGAAGGAGGGUUCGGAGUUGUUUAUCAUGGUUGUGUUAAUGUUACUCAACAAGUAGCUGUUAAAUUGCUCUCUCAAUCAUCUUCUCAAGGAUACAAGCAUUUCAAGGCAGAGGUGGAACUUCUUAUGAGAGUGCACCAUAUAAAUUUGGUGAGCCUUGUUGGUUAUUGUGAUGAAGGAGAUCACUUGGCCCUCAUCUACGAGUACAUGCCCAAUGGAGACUUAAAACAACAUUUAUCAAGAAAGCGUGGUGGAUCCGGAUAUGUCUUAAGCUGGGAAAGUAGACUAAGAGUAGCUGUCGAUGCAGCACUAGGGUUGGAGUACUUACACACCGGAUGCAAACCACCAAUGGUUCACAGAGAUAUAAAAAGUACAAACAUACUUUUGAACGAACGUUUCGAAGGAAAAUUAGCCGAUUUCGGGCUUUCGAGAUCUUUUCCUAUGGGAAAUGAAACACAUGUUUCAACAGUUGUUGCUGGAACUCCUGGUUAUCUUGAUCCCGAGUAUUACCAAACAAAUUGGUUGACAGAGAAAAGUGAUGUUUACAGUUUUGGAAUUGUACUAUUGGAGAUCAUUACAAACCGUCGUAUAAUCGACCAGACUCGUGGAAAGCCUCACAUAGUAGAAUGGGUUGGACUUAUUGUAAGAACAGGAGAUAUUGGGAAUAUUAUAGACCCGAACCUCCAAGGAGAUUACGACGUUGGUUCUGUAUGGAAGGCUAUUGAAUUAGCAAUGUCAUGUGUGAAUCAUUCUUCUGCAAGAAGACCAAGCAUGUCCCAAGUUGUUAAUGAUCUUAAAGAGUGUGUGAUAUCUGAAAACUCAAGGACAGGAGGGAGUCGAGAAAUGAACUCAAUUAGUUCCAUCGAAUUCAGCAUGGAUAUUGACACCGAGGUGAUCCCUAAAGCACGCUAGUUAGUUCGUUAAAAAUGUAUUUAACAAGUGUGUUAUUUAUUUAUUUUCGAGGAAUCUUCAAUUCAACACCUUCAAGGGAUUUAGUAUCAAUUGUUUAUUGGAUUUGAUAUAACUUUCAAAUGAAUUUGUUGUUAUUUGAUGUA